UGUCAACUUAUUUAGGUUAUGACAUUAAAAGCAGUUUAAUUUAAGUUUCACAGUAGGUUUUUCACAAUAACUGCACUAAUGUUUUCUAUCCUUCAAUGACCGAAAGUACAUCCAAUUAAAACUGCAUGUUUGUCACCGCCUUAGAAGACUUGAUUUGUUAUCGCCAAAGUAUCCUGGCCUCGUUAUCACAUUUCUUGAGCUAAAGAUCGCUGAAAAUGGCACUCCGCCGUAUAUUCCAUAUCCAUGAUAUCCGCCAAUUCAGCUGCAUAAGAAACUUCAAGACACAAAACGUUUAUCUUUCUGAGGAUAAGAAAACCGAGGCUGAGAUUUUUAGCAGAGAAGGCGACGAUGGCACAUCCAAAACAAUAUCUGGCGACGUUUUUUCAAAAGACAGCGAAGUUUUUAAUGCUAUAGGAGCAACAGAGGAGCUUUUGAGUUAUAUAGGACUAGCAAGAGAAUAUGGACAUGAAGCUGAGCAUCAGUAUACAGAUAAACUGAAAAGGAUACAAACUACGGUUAUAGACAUAAGCACAGCUAUAUCUCGCUCACCAUCAAACAAAACUAUAAUACCUGAAGUGUACAAAAAGGAGCUAGAAGACUGGAUACUUGAGUAUGCCAAACAAUUACCUCCUCCUGAGCAGUAUGUCAUUCCAGGUGGUGGAGUAGCAAGUGCUUCUUUACAUGUGGCUAGAGCAAUCUGUAGGAGAACAGAAAGAGCUGUUGUUCCAUUAGUUUGUAAUGGAUCACUUGAUAAGGAAGUUAUUGCUUAUUUGAAUAGGCUAUCUGACUUUCUUUUAAUGGUAUCCAGAAUCGCAGCUAAACAUGAUAACAGAGCUGAAAGCAUAUACAUUCCAAAGCCAGAUCAAGAGGUCCAGCCUCAAUAAAAUUUCCUGUUAUUGUUUGAAAUGUAUUUUACAUAGAUCUUUGUAUUAAUUUCUGUUAGACAAUUAAAGUGAAUAUUUUUUUCCAAAAAAUAAAUGGAAAUAUAUAAUCUCUUAAACCCAUCUUUAAAGAGUUUUAUUCUGCCCAAGCUUAUUUUUAUCUAUCCACACACCAAAUGGAUACAGCACUAGGCAUUCUUUCAUAUUGAAUAUGUGUUCCAUAAGUCAUU